AUGGCACAACUUGUCUUGGAUUUUUAUGAAUUGCCUCUGCUAUUGUUGAUGGUUAAACUUGUUGCUGGACUUGAUAUUCUUGAUUUUGGUAUGAUCCUGUUGUGCGAGAAAGCUUUUAAAGCAGCUGGAAAUGUGGUCUUUGAGAAGUGUGCUUAUUAUAGCAAUGAAGGAUUCUUUGAUAUUGAAGAAGAUAUUACGUUGUGGAACCCAUCAACCAGAAGGUGUCAAAAAUUGCCUGUCACUGAAACUGAGUUUCCAAGAGAAGGAUUCUGUUGUUGCCAGUAUAUAAUCUAUGAAUUUGGGCAUGAAUGUGUGAGUGAUGAUUAUAAGGUGGUUAGGAUUAUACAAUUUUAUGGAAUUAGUUCUGACACCUUUGAUUCUGACGUUAAGGUGUAUAGUUUCAGAUCGAAUUCUUGGAAGAGAAUACAAAAUUUUCCCUAUUAUCUGUGUUACAAAAGGGCUUAUGGGAUGCUGGCCAAUGGUGCGUUGUUUUGGGUUGUGAGUAGAAAACCCGAGUCAAGUACUGCUAGGUUGAUUGCUGCUUUUGAUCUUGCAACAGAGGCGUAUAGGUUGGUGCCACGGCCUGUUUAUUCUAAUAAGAAUUUCCAUAUGAAUGUUGGGGUAUUGGAAGGAUGCCUUUGA